AUGAAAAAAACAAAAGUAUGUAUCAUUGGUGCUGGUGUAGCUGGUAUGUCAGCUGCAUGGUCAUUAUCUCGAUAUCCGGAUAAAUUUGACGUAACAGUUUAUGAUAAAAACUCUCAGGCAGGUGGUGUUGCAACAACUGAAAAUGUUGAAGUCAUGCCUGGUGUCUUCUGUGAUAUAAACGAUGGUGUUCAAGGUGGUUCUUCUAGUUAUCGAAAUUCAAUAUUACUUCAUCGUGAAGUUAAUUUUGAUCCAAGUCCUGUAAAUAUGCGUAUUUCAUUUGGACAAAAUUCUCAAGCAUGGACGAAUUAUUUACCGUCAGAUACAAAUGGUAUUGAUAUUCAACAACUUGAAUCUGAAAUAGGACGAUUUGGACGUUAUUUAAAAAUGAUAUCUUGGCUUGAACCUAUAUUUAUUUUUAUACCUAUUUGGUUAACCGCUCGUAUUUUUUGUCUUUCAUCAUGUUUUACAAAUGCAAUGCUUUAUCCAUUAACAGCUCUUUUUUUUGGUACAGGUAAUCAAACAAGGAAUGUAAGUUCAGCAUUAAUAGCACGUGUAUUUUUUGAUCCGAAUUUAAAAUUAUUUGAUUAUAAUUCAAAACGUCUUCUUCCAUCACAAACUGAUAUGUUUGCAUUUGAUAAAUUAUCUAAUAUAUAUCAAUCAUUAGUUGAUAAAUGUAUUCAAUUAAGUCAUAAACAAACAAAAUUUUAUUUUAAUCAAACAAUUCAAAAAGUAUCAUCGACAAAUAUUUAUACAAAUACAAAUCAAUAUAAUGAUUCAUUUGAUAUAAUUAUUUAUGCAUGUGAUGCUGAAACAAUUCUUAAAAUUCAUGAAAAACCAAGUCGAUUUCAACAAGCUAUACUUGGAAAUGUUCGAUAUUAUGAUGAUGUUACAUAUACACAUAUAGAUCUUAAUUAUAUAAAUACACAUUAUACUGUUCAUCUUGAUAUUGAUCAAUAUUUUAUUCAUACAAAUAUGCAAUCAUUAGAAAUGUCAUUUAAUUUAUCAAAUUAUCAACCACAUUUAAUAGCAUUAAAACGUGAAAAAUAUCCAAAUUUAAAUAUAUUUCAAACACUAUUUUUAAAUAAAUUAGAAUCAAAAAAAUGGACUAUUGAAAAAUCAGAUAAGAACAAAAUUCUUCUUGAACGUUGGUGGAGACAAUUUGCACAUGUUUGGCAACAUUUUUUAUUUACUGUUCCAUUAAUGCGAUUUAUUCAAAAAGAAAAUCCAAAUAUUUUAUAUGCUGGAGCAUAUACAAUGCUUAAUACACAUGAAAUAGCUUGUAUAUCAGGUUUAGCAGCUGCACAUGAACUUGGAGCACCAUAUCCAUUUGAAAAAGAUUCUUUAGCUGUUAAACAAUUUGAUUUAUAUAUGAAUUUUGUAUAUGGAAAAUGUCGAAAUGGUAAAAAAACAUUUGUACAACGAUUGACAACAUUCUUAUUAACAAUAUUACUUUGGUUUGCAGUAUUAAUUCGAAAACGAUUGUAA